CCUAGACCUAGCCACUCCCAUCUUUUAUACUUUGCUGCACUAUAUAUAAUAGCUACGUACUGUUGCUCCUCUCGUCAUGGAAAGAACUGACAGACUUUAUGGUGGGAUUCAGGGAGGUGGCAGUGGUUCUGAUGCAGUGCUCAUCACUGAGAGUGGUAACAUUGUAGGGAGGUCACACGGACCAGAAACUAAUCCGUGGCAAGUUGGGUUCGAUGUCGUGGUGGACACAAUCAGUGACAUGGUCUCACGGGCCAAGAAAGAUGCAGGAGUUGACCCCAAUACUCCUCUCAUUACUCUUGGUUUGUCGCUGAGUGGAGGAGAGAUGACUGAAGCUCAAGAGAGGAUCAUAGCCGGCCUCAAGGACAAGUACCCUCACACAAGCACCCACUACCAUGUCUGCACUGACACAUUUGGCUCCAUAGCUACAGCCUUCUCCAGUGGAGGAAUGGUGCUGAUAUCAGGAACCGGCUCCAACUGCCAGCUGCUCAAUCCAUCCGGGGGCGUGGCACCUCGUUGUGGAGGGUGGGGCCACAUGUUGGGAGACGAAGGCUCAGGGUAUUGGAUCAGUCAGAGGGCCAUGAAGACCGUGUACGACCAUGACGAUGGGUUUGUGAUCUGUGAACAUGAUGUCACAGCAGUGAGAGAUCUUAUCUGGAAGAAAUUUCAGAUGCAAGAUCGCUUCGAUAUACUGCCCCAUAUCUAUGAGAAGUUCAGUAAAGCAAAAGUGGCUCUUCUCUGCAAAGACUUGGCUCAAUUGGCCCAAGAGACUGGAGAUCCACUGGCUGUUCAACUGUUCAGGAUUGCUGGACAAAUGCUGGGAAGGCACAUCAGGACUCUCAUUCCAAAGGCUGACAAAUCUUUGCUGUGUGAGCCCGGAGGUCUCCACAUAGUUGCCAUUGGAACAGUACUAAUAAAAGCUUGGGAUCUUCUGAAGGAAGGCUUUUUGUCUGCACUAUCGGACACUGGAGUUGAGUUUACCCUGGUGAGCCUGAAAGAGGGUGUGUCCUCUGCAGUAGGAGCAGCUGCUCUAGGAGCCAAGGCAGCUGGCCUCUCUCUCACGAUGGACCACGCAGCUAAUGUCAACGUGCUGUUUCAUUACAAACCAACUUGAUUUGCAUAAGAUCGAGUGUUGAAUAUGCAGGUACAUGUACUUCGUGUUAAACUUCUUAGCCUAUUUUAUUUUUUGUCUUUUAUAAUUACUAUACCCAAUUUCAAAAUUGCUGUACAAAAAUGAUUGUAUACACAUCAGACUUUUAGUUUAGUGGAA